CCCCUUUAAGAUUCGUGACAGUCGCACAGAUGCCCCCCUCGUGCGCUCUCUCUCUCUCUCUCUAACCAUGGACCUUCUCUCUCUCCUCCUCUCCUCCAUCUUCAUCGUCCUCGCCGUCCUUCUCUUCAUGCGCGCCGCCGGCUUCGGAGGCCGGAAGGUGCGUCUCCCGCCGGGAAGCCUCGGCUUGCCUCUUGUCGGAGAGACCCUGCAGCUCAUCUCCGCCUACAAGACGGAGAACCCAGAGCCCUUCAUCGACGAGCGGGUCAGGAGGUUUGGGAACCUCUUCACGACGCACGUGUUCGGCGAGCCGACCGUGUUCUCGGCCGACCCGGAGACGAACCGGUUUAUUCUCCAGAACGAGGGGAAGCUGUUCGAGUGCAGCUACCCGGGGUCCAUCUCCAACCUCCUGGGCCGGCACUCGCUGCUCCUCAUGAAGGGAAGUCUACACAAGAGAAUGCACUCUCUCACCAUGAGCUUCGCCAACUCUUCCAUCAUCAGGGACCACCUCCUGGUCGACAUAGACCGGCUCAUCCGGCUCAACCUGGACUCCUGGACCGACCGAGUACUCCUUAUGGAGGAGGCUAAGAAGAUCACGUUCGAAUUGACGGUGAAGCAGCUGAUGAGCUUCGAUCCAUGCGAAUGGACGGAGAGCCUAAGAAAAGAGUACGUUCUUGUCAUCGAAGGCUUCUUCACCAUCCCUUUCCCCUUCUUCUCCUCCACCUAUCGCCGCGCCAUUCAGGCGAGGAGUAAGGUGGCGGAGGCCUUGAGCUUGAUAGUGAGGGAGAGGAGGAGGGACAGCGAAGCUGGGGAGAGGAAGGAAGACAUGCUGGGAGCUCUGUUGGCCGGAGACGACGCCUUCUCCGACGAGGAAAUCGUCGAUUUCCUCCUGGCUUUGCUCGUCGCCGGCUACGAGACCACCUCCACCAUCAUGACCCUCGCCGUCAAGUUCCUCACCGACACCCCUGCUGCUCUCGCCCUCCUCAAGGAAGAGCACGACGAGAUUAGGGGAAGAAAGAAGGAGGAGGAGGGUUUAGGAUGGAAUGACUACAAGUCCAUGCCCUUCACUCAAUGUGUUGUCAACGAAACUCUGCGGUUUGCAAAUAUAAUAAGUGGGAUUUUUCGGCGGGCAAUGACGGAUGUUCAUAUAAAAGGGUACACGAUUCCAAAGGGAUGGAAGGUGUUCGCAUCGUUCAGGGCAGUGCAUUUGGACCAGGAUCACUUCAAAGACGCUCGUUCUUUCAAUCCAUGGCGAUGGCAGAGCAAUGCAGGAGGGGGGCCAGCAGGGAAUGUGUUCACACCAUUUGGAGGAGGCCCCCGCCUCUGCCCUGGCUACGAGCUUGCUAGAGUUGAACUCUCUGUUUUCCUCCACCACUUGGUCACUCGCUUCAAUUGGGUCCCUGCAGAAGACGAUAAAUUGGUUUUUUUCCCGACGACUCGAACGCAGAAGAGGUAUCCUAUCAACGUGGAGCGAAGGCAGGUGCAUGAGCGAGCCAUGUAAAGAGGGGUUAGGUUAGGGGAGGCCACAAAAUUCGAGUUAGAUGUAAUGUAGGGAAAUUAGCUAAGUCGUAACUAUUUUGCUCCCCUAUCCAAAUAAAAUUAAAUAUAAAUAAAUUAGAUAUAUAUAUAUAUAUAUAUAUAUAAUUUGGUUGAUUUGUAUAAAUAUAAUAGAAGGGGUCUAUUUGCGAAUGAAUCUUUUUAUUAAGAAAGAAAGCGAGAGCUUAUCUUAGUUCUA